AUGUUGACCAUUCUCUCACUGGUCGAUGCUUCGCCUUUCCCCGUCUCCAAUGAGGCAGCGUCUGCAGGAAAAAGCUGCUUGGACUACUGUGCCAGCAAUGGUAUUUGUAUAAUGGCUGAUGAUGGUCCAAAGUGCUAUUGCCGGCCUGGAUGGAUGGGGAAACGUUGUGAUGAUAUUCGAAAGCCUGCUGCAAAUCCAAGAACUAACUUUGACAAGGGUGCACAAAUAAAUCCACGGGAUACCACGUGUCCAGACUCACUGGCACAAACAACUCCACAAAUUCCACCAGGGCCUACAACACCAAUACCAGCAGGACAAACGACUUCAUCAAGCGGACCAAUACAACCAAUUACACCUAAUGACGACAAAACAUGUGCUGACCGUCCAUGUCAAAAUAGUAGUACAUGUUACAAUACUGGAAAUUCAUAUUAUUGCUUUUGUGGUGCAGGAUUUACUGGUCGAAAUUGUGAACAACCCAGUAGUGGAUAA